AUGUCAGGUACUCAUUCUGUUAGCAUUCAGGAUGACCUUGUCAACUUUGAUGAUGAACCACCACUGGACAAACCUAAAUCCAGACUUACAAACGACAUUAUUGAUCAAUCUCGCUCACACGAUGCUGAGAAAGUACUUGAAGUAUCUCCCAAUGAACGUUAUGUUCGCCUCAACACACUCUUGGGUAAAGGCGCUUACAAGGCUGUCUAUAAAGCCAUUGAUCGCGAAGAAGGCUAUGAAGUUGCUUGGAACACGAUGCAAGCAACUAAAUCGAUUGACCACAAAGAAAUGGAACAUGAAAUAGGCAUUCUUAAAUCAGUCCGUCACCCCAACAUCAUUGCUUUUCAUGACGCAUGGCAUCACAAGAACGAAUUUGUGUUUAUCACCGAACUAAUGACUUCAGGCACACUUCGAGAGUACAUUCGUAAGCUGAAUUUACCGAAUAUUAAGAUUGUCAAGCGAUGGUCGCGUCAGAUCCUGAAGGGCCUCGCUUAUUUGCAUGGCUAUAAUCCACCUAUUAUUCAUCGAGAUAUCAAGUGUGAUAAUAUCUUUAUUAAUGGUGCACACGGUGAAGUCAAAAUUGGUGAUAUGGGUACAGCAGAAAUGAAGAUGGGUAAGAAAUACACCAUCAUUGGUACACCUGAAUUUAUGGCGCCUGAAAUGUAUGAAGAAGAGGGUUAUAAUGAAAAAGUCGAUAUUUAUGCAUUUGGUAUGUGUCUGUUGGAAAUGGUGACGGGCGAUUAUCCUUAUGGUGAAUGUAAAAAUGCAGCUCAAAUCUAUAAAAAAGGCGUACGUCCUGCUAGUUUACUUCAGAUACAGAAUGAUGAAGUAAAGAGUAUCAUUGAAAAUUGUCUGGAUAAUGAAGAUCAACGCAUGUCAGCUCAAGAUAUAUUGGAGCAUACCUUUCUUGCUGUUGAGCCUGAUGUUGUCUUGUUAGCAGCAGAUCCAGCUCAUGUUCAUUUGACACUUCAGGUCAUUUUUAAAGGAAUGGAUAAGUUGUCUGUCAAGUUUGAUUUCAAUGUAGAGACAGACACAGCUGAACAAGUGGUUCGUGAAAUGAUUGAAGAACAAGUACUUCCUGAACGAUACCAGCAUCAUAUUACCAAAGAAAUCAACCGUAUUCUUCGAGAUAUGGAGAAACCCACGAUUACUAGUAAUGAAGAAGCAGAUAAAGAGGAUCAAACAAAAGAAUCUAUCUGGAGAAGAGAGAGUGAUAUCCGGACUGAACUCGAAAAGACACGACAAGAACUAGAGAAAGCAGCAGAACAUGUAUUGGAAAUGGAGUCAAAAUGUGAGGGAUAUGAAAGUCGUGCUGUGACAGCUGAACUUCGAUAUCAAAGUGCUAUUCAAAGCCUAGUUGAAAUGAAGGAAACACAACAAAUGACAACAGAACAGUUAGAAGUGUUGAAAAAGAAGAAUCCUCGGUUUGAUCAUGACCUUAAGAUUGAUACAAAGCGUUUAGCAGAAGAUAAAGAAGCCCUUGUAUCUCGUAUACUAGAAGAAUAUGCAGAUAAUACAGACAUUGAAUUGUUUGUGAAGGAUUGUGCUGUUGCUAGUCAUCGCAAUGUUGAAAAGGCGUAUGAAUGGGCAAAUAAACUCAAGAAUCAAGAUAUCAUGACUGUAGGUGAUUUGAGGGAUUUACAUGAUGAAGAUUGGGCGGGUAUUGGUCUGACUGUGUUUGCUUUACGUGCAUUAAAAAACAUGCUCAAGGGUAAAAGACAGACCAGUGGUAACAAUACACCCUUGACUUAA